UUUCCGUCCGCGGAGAAACCGAGACAGCCGCCGGCCGAGUUGCGGGCAGAGCGCCUCCGGCAGGGCCUCCCUGAUCGGAAGUGGAGAGAGAGCUAAGCGGCGGGCAAGGGCCGGCUCCCAGGAUGGCCAAGGUGGAGGCCCAGGGCCGCCUGUGGCUGGAGAGCCCCCCUGGGGGAGCGCCUCCCAUCUUCUUGCCCUCGGGUGGGCAAGCCCUGGUCCUGGGCCGGGGACCCUUGACGCAGGUUACCGACCGGAAAUGCUCCCGAAACCAAGUGGAGCUGGUCGCUGACCCUGAGACUCGGACGGUGGCAGUGAAACAGCUGGGAGUUAACCCCUCAACUGCCGGGACCCAGGAGCUGAGACCUGGGUUGGAGGGCUCUCUGCGGGUGGGGGACACGCUGUAUUUGGUCAAUGGCCUCCACCCGCUGACCCUGCGCUGGGAAGAAGCCCUCACGCCAGAAUCCCAGCCAGACACUCCACCAGGCACCCCCCCUCAUGUGGCCCCUGAGGAGGAGGUUGCUGAGCCGCAGAAAAAGCAGAUAAGGAAGUCAUCCCCUGGCUGGGAGAGCUUCGAGAAGCUGCUAGUGUUCACAGCACCUGGUGCGAAGCCCCAAGGCAAGGUGGCCGGUUUUGACUUGGAUGGGACCCUCAUCACCACACGUUCUGGGAAGGUCUUUCCCACUGGCCCCAGUGACUGGAGGAUCUUGUACCUAGAGAUUCCGCGGAAGCUCCGGGAACUGGCCACGGAGGGUUACAAGCUGGUGAUCUUCACCAACCAGAUGGGCAUUGGGCGCAGGAAGCUGCCAGCAGAGGAGUUCAAGGCCAAAGUGGAGGCUGUGGUGGAGAAGCUGGGGGUCCCCUUUCAGGUGCUGGUGGCCACACAUGCUGGCUUAUACCGGAAGCCAGUGAUUGGUAUGUGGGACCACCUGCAGGAGCAGGCCAACGAGGGCGUGCCCAUCUCCAUCGGGGACAGUGUCUUUGUGGGAGAUGCAGCUGGACGCCCAGCCAACUGGGCCCCUGGGCGCAAGAAGAAAGACUUCUCUUGUGCGGACCGCCUGUUUGCCCUCAACCUGGGCCUGCCCUUCGCCACGCCAGAGGAGUUCUUUCUGAAGUGGUCCACGGCCCGCUUCGAGCUCCCAGCCUUUGACCCGAGGACUCUCUCCUGCUCUGGGCCUCUCUGCCUCCCUGAGUCCAGUUCCCUCUUAAGCUCAGACCCCGAGGUGGUCGUCGCCGUGGGAUUUCCUGGGGCUGGGAAGUCCACCUUCCUCCAGGAGCACCUCACGUCAGCCGGAUACGUCCAUGUGAACAGGGACACCCUGGGCUCAUGGCAGCGCUGUGUGACCACCUGUGAGGCAGCUCUGAAGCAAAGGAAACGGGUUGUGAUCGACAACACAAACCCGGACGUCCAGAGCCGGGCCAGGUACAUUAAGUGUGCCCGGGAUGCAGGUGUUCCCUGCCGCUGCUUCCUCUUCAAUGCCACCCUGGAGCAGGCACGCCACAACAACCGGGUAGGCACCGCGGGGGGGGGGGGUCACCAGGUGGAGCCCCUAGGUCGGGCUUCGCCUCCACCCAUCACCCUCUGCCGCCAGGAAGCAGUUCGAGGCCCCCACGCUGGCCGAAGGCUUCACGGCGGUGCUGGAGAUCCCGUUCCGGCUGCACGUGGCGCCGCAGCUCGAGCGGCUGUACCGCCAGUUCUCAGAGGGCUAAGCCUCCGCCCGCCCCCUGCCCCGCUGCCCAUCCCAUAAUAAACGCUAUUUUUCUAAAUGCCUGACCAGCAUUUUGCGGGGAGGAAGGGUGGUCCACCCUUCCUGGGAGACCCCCCACAGGCCGGGUCUCCCAGGAAGGCACGGGUGGGAACCUGGUCUCUAGCUAAGCACUCAGCCCACCUUGCGGACAGCGGUCUGUGGCUGCCGCGGCAGACCCGGCCCAGAGUUUGGCAAGGCGCGACCCGAGGCCGGGAGCCAGAGCUCAGCUUCCGAGAGGAGGCCGACGCCCUGCACGCUGGACUUGAACCCCGGGGCUGCGGCCUGGACCUGCAGCGGCGAGGGGCGCCUGGGAGCCCCGCCAGGCCUGCGGCGCACGGCCAGGGGCGGGAGGCUGGAAGCGGCCUGGCGCGGCCUUGUGUCUGCUUCCAGCCGAGUGGGGCCUGUGGAACCCACAGGGGAAGGAGGGCGGCCUGGCAACGCGGGGAGUCAGAGACUGGACCCCGGCAGCAGCUGGCCUCUGCAGAAAGAUCCUGGAAGACGGCGCAGCGAGCACCGCCCCG